CCCAAGGAGAAGCGGGGGAAAGGCAUUUGAGAACAGGAAGGACGUUGACGUGAUUUCCGCAGGCUUAGACCGGGGAAAGUUGUUUCCUGAAGUUGACACUGUGCUGAUAAUUUCCACACCAAAGUCCUGGUGCUCGUGUUAAAAAACGGAAAAUAAAUAAAAAUGACAGGGACAGGUUUGUCGUUUAUUUCUCGGUAGGUUUCCUCUUCAGCCGGAGGUGAGCUGUGUGUGAAGGAGCUGUCUGACGAGAGGAUGAGCUCCAACACUGAAGACACAGAGGCCAGCCUGCAGGCCCAGCUAGCCGAAUGCCGAGCUCAGGUCGAACACUGGCAGGGUGUGGCGACGAUCUGUGAGCUGAGCAAACAGGAGGAACUGGCAGAGCUACAAAAACAAUGUGACCAAGAGAUCCAGUCUCUGCAGGAGGCUCUUAGAGAGACUGCAGCACAGUAUGAGGCCAGGAUAUCUGUUCUCCAGUCUCAGCCUGUGGAGUGGAGGAGAGCCAGUGGACAGAACACAAUCAGUGGAAGGAAAGGCAGGAUGGACGCCGACGUCUCUGGUAAUGAAUCCUCGACGUCUCUCAACAACAGCCUGACAGAGGCCGAGGUGACGGCGUCCGCGGACAGGACACACGGUCAACAGGCAGAGCUCGAGGCAGCGGCGGAGGGAGAAGGAGCUCCGCUUAUGACAGAAGGGUAUUUUUCAUUGCGGCACUGCGACUCGGCCUCGUUGUCCUCCUUCUCCUUAGACACGCCAUCCCUGCCCAGAAAACUCAAUGCUCAGGAAGACACAGACUCACUGGUGUCCACGGGAACAUUGGUGCCUGAAGCCAUUUACUUGCCGCCGGCGGGACACCGGCUGGUCACACACAACGACUGGGAUACGCUCAAUUCUCAGGUGUCGGAGCUGCGGGGGGAGGUGAGUCGGCUGCUGGCUGAGAAGGAGGAGCUCGAGAGAGAACUGGACAAGCAGACCAACCACAUGCACAAACAGGUAACAAUGCUCCAGUCUCAAGUCCAGACGUCCGAGUCCCUCCUCCAGGAUUUGCAGAAAUCUUUUAGCCAGUCACAGAACGCAGUCCAGAGCCGGCUGGCAGAGUUGUCCUUUUCCCAGAGGAAGAUGUGCAGCGAGCUGUCCAGACUGAAAGGAGAGGAGGUUGAGGACGACGUGCCAGACUCCAGCUCCUCAUUCCCAGCAACACUGCAGGGGGCGCACUGUGAGGAGCGCCUUCGCAUUGAGAUAGUCAACCUGAGGGAUCAGCUGAACACUCGGACAGAGGAGAACGAAGUUUUAGAAGUGCAGCUGUCCAGCCUGAAGACGGAGACGGAGAGGAUCCAGGCUCAGAAGGACCAGUUGCAGGCUGAGCUGCUGGCCUGCCGCACUGAACUGGAAGCCCUGCGGGUGGCACUCUCUCAUGUACAGAGCACCAACAAGACUCUCCACAAUGAGAAAGCGGCCCUGCACCAGCAGUGUCUGGAGCUGCGAAGUCAAAUCAUCAGCCUGCGCUCUCAGGUGGACACCAGCCAGACUGUACAGAGGGACUUUGUUCAGCUCUCCCAGUCGCUGCAGGUGAAGUUGGAGUUAAUCCGGCAGGCUGAGAGUCUGGAACAAGUCAGGGAAAUCCUGGAGGAGGGUGUCAGUGAAGCUGGAUCGUCGCCUGCCGAUGCCUCGUGAGUUUUAAAAGUCACACUGGAACCAAAGAGCACGGACCAAGAUGAAUUAGACCAAUAAGAGUGACCAAUAAGGGCCAACUAUCCAUGGCUGCAUUAAAUACAGAUGCUGUGGUAGAGUGACCACUGGAAUCACAUCACAGCUGGUGCUGCCAGCACAGUAUCGUGACACUGGAGAUGCUCUCAAACAGAGAUGUGAUGUUUUUGUUUGUUUCAGAGGUGAUGGUUUGUUGUCAGUGACUCAAACUGUUGCGUAGUGACCAAAGUGAUCUUUGAUGAAGCAUGAAUUCUUUGGUGGUGCUGUUUAUUUGUCUCACACUCCCUUUGUCUUACAUCUAGUAACGUGUCUAUUUCUGUACUAAAACAUAUGUAAAUAUAAUCUGUUUCUAAAACUGACAUAACACCAGCGAAACACUCAACAGUUCAACACUUGAUUUUGCACAGCAUCAGUCACUAAUAUGCAAACUACACAAUUAUUUUCACAUGCAAAGUAUUUUUCUUCCUUGUGAAGAGAUAUGAGGACCUUAAGGAACAGUGGAUUGCAGUGGAAUAAUUAAUACAAAAUAGAGAUUCUUCUAAAUUAAUUGCAUUUCAGAUGGGAUUUUUAUUAUUAGUUUUUUUUUUUUUCCUUUACGCUGAGUAUUGUUAACUGUUCCUGUUGUUAGCACAGCCACAAAAGCUUUUAGACCAAGCAAAUUUAUGAUUGUGGAUUGGGAAAGAAGUAAAAAUCAAUGAAGAAAUGUGUAUGAGUA